AUGGCGCAGGAGGACACGACGCCCGGCAGACUGCUGCUGAUAUCAAACCGUCUGCCCAUCACCAUCAAGCGGAAAGAGGAUGGCCAGUACGACUUCUCCAUGUCGUCUGGCGGCCUGGUCACCGGGCUCAGCGGCCUGAGCAAGACGACAACCUUCCAGUGGUACGGCUGGCCCGGCCUCGAGGUGCCCGAGGGCGAGAUCGACAAGGUCAAGCAGCAGUUGAAGGACGAGUACAGCGCCUUCCCCGUCUUCAUCGAUGACGACCUCGCCGACAGGCACUACAACGGCUUCGCCAACUCGAUCCUGUGGCCGCUCUUCCACUACCACCCCGGCGAGAUCACCUUCGACGAGGGCGCCUGGGAGGCGUACAAGGAGGUGAACCUGCUGUUCGCCAAGGAGGUCGUCAAGGAUGUCCAGGACGGAGAUAUGAUCUGGGUCCACGACUACCACUUGAUGCUGCUGCCCGAGCUGCUGCGCCAGGAGCUGAGCGGCAAGCGGAAGAACGUCAAGAUCGGCUUCUUCCUCCACACCCCCUUCCCCAGCAGCGAGAUCUACCGCAUCCUGCCCGUGCGCGAGGCCCUCCUGGAAGGUCUUCUGCAGUGCGACCUCAUCGGCUUCCACACCUACGACUACGCCCGCCACUUCCUCAGCUCGUGCUCGCGUAUCCUCGAGACCCCCACCACCCCGAACGGCAUCGAAUACCGCGGCAAUUUUGUCACCGUCGGCGCCUUCCCCAUCGGCAUCGACCCCGAGAAGUUUGUCGAGGGCUUGAAGAAGCCCAAGGUGCAACAGCGCAUUGCAGCCUUGUCGCGCAAGUUUGAAGGCGUCAAGCUCAUUGUCGGUGUCGAUCGUCUGGACUACAUCAAGGGAGUCCCGCAGAAGCUCCACGCACUCGAGGUCUUCCUGACCGAACACCCCGAGUGGAUCGGCAAGAUCGUCCUGGUACAGGUCGCCGUGCCCUCCCGGCAGGAUGUCGAGGAGUAUCAGAACCUGCGAGCCGUGGUCAACGAGCUGGUCGGCCGCAUCAACGGCAAGUUCGGCACCAUCGAGUUCAUGCCCAUCCAUUUCUUGCACCAGAGUGUAAACUUUGACGAGCUCUGCGCACUGUAUGCUGUUUCCGAUGUCUGUCUUGUUUCGUCGACACGAGAUGGGAUGAACCUGGUUUCUUACGAAUACAUUGCUACGCAGCACGACCGCCACGGAGUCAUGAUCCUGUCCGAAUUCACUGGAGCUGCACAGUCCUUGAAUGGUUCGCUCAUUGUCAACCCCUGGAACACCGAGGAGCUUGCAAACGCCAUCCACGAUGCCGUCACCAUGUCCCCCGAGCUGCGCGAAGCCAACUUCCGCAAGCUCGAGCGCUACGUGUUCAAGUACACCAGCGCUUGGUGGGGACAGAGCUUCGUUUCCGAGCUGGCCAAGGUCAGUGCAGAUCAGGGCGAGAAGCAGUCUCUUCACGGCAUCGGCGAAGUAGGCCAGAAGAUCGGUGGUGCUGUGCAGACGCUGAAGGAUGCCGCAAGCUCGGCAAUCGAUGGUGACGAUGAAAGCUCGAAGUAG